AUGGCCAGGUCGCUGCCUUCGAUCCCCAGCGCAGUAAACCAACCAAUUGCAUUGAUGCCAGCUCUAUUGACAACGUGGUUCAGCGCUAUGAUCGGAGGUCGGUCAAGACCAAGAAGAGGAUCAGCUGGUGUCGAAACAGCCGCCUCGAAGGAUGUAUUGCCAGGUAGAGAUUUGCGCAAGAGAACGGUGGACGACUUUGAGCAGUUGAAGAUCUUGGGUGUUGGCUCUUACGGGUCUGUGUAUCUCGUGAAGGAUAAGCACACAGGGCAGUACUUUGCCAAAAAGACCAUAAAGAAGGCACGUCUUUCUGUUAAUAAGACGUUGUUGAAGAACCAAAUGAACGAACGUGAUAUCCUAGCAUCAAUUUCACAUCCAGCUAUAGUGAAAUUGUUCUAUGCGUUCCAUGACUUGGAGAAUAUUGAUUUGAUCCUCGAGUUCAUCCCUGGUGGUGAAUUGUUCUACUAUUUGGCUGAUGUCCGCAGAUUCAACGAAAACGACACUGCCUUCUACAUGGCUGAAAUUUCACAGGCUCUACAUCAUUUGCACUCCAUUGGUGUUGUGUACCGUGACCUCAAGCCAGAGAAUUGUCUCUUGGACAAGAAAGGCCAUCUCGUCCUCACGGAUUUUGGGCUCUCCUCACAGGAGGAGAAAUGCCGAUCAAUCCUUGGAACGCCAGAAUACUCCGCACCCGAGGUGUUGAUGGGAAAGGAAUACUCAUACGAGGCUGACUGGUGGAGCUUUGGUGUGAUGAUGUAUGACAUGGUUGUUGGACAAGUCCCAUACCCAGGUUCUGAUCGUAAGAAACUCAUUACAAGCAUUCAAAAACGUGGUGCUAAUUUCCCCAAUUGGUUGAGUGAAGAUGCCAAGGACAUCAUGAGGAAACUCCUACAAAGAGAUCCCAAAAAACGUAUGGACGUUGAUGGCUCAUUCGACAAGUUUAUGAAUCACAGGUUCUUUAGAAAGAUCGACUGGAAACGACUCCGUGAUUCAACACCACCUGUGGAACCUCAGGUUGGCAGUUACAUCGAUUAUGGACUCGCAGCUCUCAAACAGCAUUCAACGUCAGAAUACGUGGAUCAAUCUCUCUUUAGAGGAUUCAGCUUUGUUGCUGAAAAGUCUGUUUUAGAACAGCAUUAUGAUCAAAUUUAA